UUAUACUUUCACCUUUCCUCCAGAGUCGCAAUAAGCGAUACCUUGCUGGUGGUUGCCUGUUUUUGUUAUCUAUACUGUUUGUUUGUCUCUUUAUAAUUCUAGAGAAUCCUAAAAUGGGACAGCAACUAACCACCCCUUUGAGCCUGACCCUAGAUCACUGGAAAGAAGUCAAGAGCAGAGCCCACAACCAAUCAAUGGAAAUUAAGAAGAAUAGAUGGAUAACUUUUUGUUCCUCCGAAUGGCCCAUGUUCAAUGUUGGGUGGCCUCGGGACGGAACUUUUGAUUCUGACGUUAUUUUGCAGGUUAAAGCUAAGAUCUUCUCUCCUGGAUCGAUGGGACAUCCUGACCAGGUGGCCUAUAUAGUCACCUGGGAAAGCCUCUCCCUUGAACCUCCAUCUUGGGUGACGCCCUUUCUCAGUCCCGCACGAAGAACUCCUCUCCCUUCUGCCCCUCCCUCAGACCCCCCUGCCACCACUUCCUUGUAUCCUGUAGUAGUAAGACAAAAGCCUGUCCUGCCCCCUGAUGAGAAUGGACCUGCUGAUUUGUUGAAUGAGAAUCCCCCUCCCUACCACCCUCCUCCGCAGGCUGCUAUGGCGGUGCCAGAGGAUGUCCAAGCAGAGGGGCCGGAGGCAGCUCCUUCUCCCAUUGCCGGUCGACUCAGAGAGAGGAGAGGGCAGGGAGAUUCCUCACACAUUUUGCCCCUCCGACUUGUAGGAGGGGAAGGAAAUCAACAUCAAUAUUGGCCCUUCUCUGCCUCAGAUCUAUAUAACUGGAAGACCCAUAACCCUUCUUUCUCUCAGGACCCGCAGGCCCUAACGGCCCUCAUAGAAUCCAUCCUUCUUACCCACCAGCCUACGUGGGAUGAUUGCCAACAGCUAUUACAGGUCCUCCUAACUACGGAAGAAAAGCAGAGGGUCAUCCUGGAAGCCCGGAAGCACGUCCCGGGGGCAGAUGGGAGGCCGACCCAGCUGCCGAAUGAGAUUGAGGCUGCCUUCCCUCUCACUAGGCCUGCUUGGGACUUCAAUACAGCUGAAGGUAGGGGACACCUACGUCUUUAUCGCCAGGUGCUUGUAGCGGGCCUCCAAGGGGCAGGAAGGCGCCCCACCAAUUUGGCUAAGGUAAGAUCAGUAAUGCAGGGAACUGACGAGCCACCCACUGUGUUCCUAGAAAGACUUAAAGAGGCAUAUCGGAGGUACACCCCCUUUGACCCCGAUAGCCCCGAUCAAGAAGUGAGUGUCUCGAUGUCUUUCAUAUGGCAGUCAGCUCCUGAUAUUAGGAGUAAGCUCCAGAGAAUGGAAAAUCUGCAGGGGCAAGGUCUUAGGGAUCUCUUAAGAGAGGCAGAGAGGAUUUUUAACAAGAGAGAGACUCCAGAAGAAAAAGAGGAGAGACAGAGAAGAGAGGCAGAGGAUAGAGAGACAGUGAGAGACAAAAGGCGGAAUAAGGAAUUGAGUAGAAUCCUGGCCACAGUAGUAAGAAAGGAAGACGAGAGCAGAGUAGAGAGGAAGGGAGAUUGAGGGUGUGUCGAACUAGAGAAAGACCAGUGCGCCUACUGCAAGGAAAAAGGACACUGGGUAAAGGACUGUACCAAGAGAAAGAGAAAACAGAGGGAAGAAAAAGCUGAAAUCCUUAACCUCGAUUAGGGAGGUCGGG